CGUGAUGGCGUCACAGGGCGGGGCUUCGGGCGCGGGAAGAGGCGGCGGGAGAAUGGAGGUGCAGGAGAGCGGCGGUGAGGCAGGAGAGCUGGGCGCCCAGGACCCUGCCCCCGCCUCCGGCAAGACCGCGGGCAGCGCGAGCCACUACGAGCUGCCGUGGGUUGAAAAAUACAGGCCAGUGAAGUUGAGUGAAAUUGUCGGCAAUGAAGACACUGUGAGCAGGCUGGAGGUCUUUGCAAGAGAAGGGAACGUGCCCAAUAUUAUCAUCGCUGGCCCCCCAGGAACGGGCAAAACUACAAGCAUCCUGUGUUUGGCACGCGCCCUGCUGGGCCCAGCAUUCAAGGACGCCGUCUUGGAGCUCAACGCCUCAAACGACAGGGGCAUUGACGUCGUGAGGAACAAAAUCAAAAUGUUUGCCCAGCAGAAAGUCACCCUCCCCAAGGGGCGGCACAAGAUCAUGAUCCUCGAUGAAGCAGACAGUAUGACCGAUGGAGCCCAGCAAGCCUUGAGGAGAACCAUGGAAAUCUACUCCAAAACGACUCGCUUCGCUCUUGCUUGUAACGCUUCGGAUAAAAUCAUAGAGCCCAUUCAGUCCCGCUGCGCAGUCCUGCGCUACACAAAGCUGAGCGACGCCCAGGUCCUGGCCCGGCUGAUGACGGUGCUGGAGCAGGAGAAGGUGCAGUACACAGACGACGGCCUGGAAGCCAUUAUCUUCACCGCCCAGGGAGACAUGAGGCAGGCGCUCAACAACUUGCAGUCGACUUUCUCGGGUUUCGGCUUCAUCAACAGCGAGAACGUGUUCAAGGUCUGCGACGAGCCCCACCCCUUGCUGGUGAAGGAGAUGAUCCAGCACUGUGUGAACGCCAACAUCGAUGAAGCGUACAAGAUUCUCGCUCACCUGUGGCAUCUUGGCUAUUCACCGGAAGACAUCAUUGGCAACAUUUUUCGAGUGUGUAAAACCUUCCAGAUGGCAGAAUACUUGAAACUGGAGUUCAUCAAGGAAAUUGGAUACACUCACAUGAAAAUUGCAGAAGGUGUGAACUCCCUUCUGCAGAUGGCAGGGCUCCUGGCCAGGCUGUGUCAGAAGACAAUGGCCCCAGUGGCCAGUUAGGGGACAAGAGUCCUCCUCAUCCGUCCGUGAGACCCAGUAGUCAGCGCCUUCUGAUUUGGACAAAAUGCUGCCUUAGAUCAGCAUGGGACGCACCUUCCUCUCACACAGUCGUGGCCUUCACUUUCAUGCAGCUUCCACGAUAGUUUGCGCUCAGCCUCAGACUCACAGAUGUGGUGACAGGAUGGAGAGGCCCCAGAGAACCUCCGGGGCAUGGCACCCGAUCUGGGCACGUGUGGCAUUUCAGCUAAUAAAAAAGCUGUCCAGGGGCACCUGGGUGACUCAU